AUGAACAGAGAUAACUUAGAAGAUAGAUAUGAAGAUAAUGAGACGAUAUAUAUAGACACCGGUAAUCCUACUGGUGGAUAUUUAGAUGAUGUAAAAGAUUUAAAUAAACUUGUUUACUCAUCCUCUGCUGAUUUCGGCAAAAACAAUUCUUACUUUUUUUACUUAAAAUCUGAUAGUCAAAAAUUUUUUAGUUAUUUUUAA